AUGUCUUUAAUCGCGGUCCUCUACUACACCCUCCCGGCGUCCCUCGCAACGGCCGUCAUGGCUCCUCCAAUCUUCAAUCGUCUACGAGCGAGGCUCACAGGAGUUCCUCUGGACAAUGGCAUGCAGAAAACCAUCGGAGCCCCUCCACUCUCUGAAGAGCAGAUGGCCGAGGACCGGCAGGUCAUCCAGAAGGCCAUUGGGGAUGCUGUAUCCGCAGCUCUCAAUAAUGAUGAAUUCACCAGAGCAGUAGCUGCCCAUCUGGCACAGCAACUUCAACCUUCUCUCAAGGCAGCGUUUGACACUUCUGCCAUGGAAGACAAGCUAUCCUCCUCCACCGAACAGCUCUCCCAGCGUCUCGAAGAGAACAGCAUCCAAACCGCUGCCAAGUUCUCCGAACUGUCCUCCAUGAUCACUGUGAACAGCACAUGGUCUUCCGAAAAGAUUACAACUUUGGAGGAGGCUGUGAAGAAUAUCAACGGAAACGUUGGCUCACCAAACGAAUCUGCCGUUCCCGAUUACUCGUCAAGUCUCGACAAGAUCUCAACCGACCUUGCAAGCCUCGUGUCUGCCAUUGAAGGCCAAAACGCAACACUUCUGGAUAUCAAGAGCUCUGAUGCUAGCAAGCACAUCUUGGAAGGUGUCAAGACUUCAAACGACUCCCACACCACACUCGCCUCUUCAUUGGAAGCUCUCAAAGCUGCCAGCGAGGCCACUGUACCUUCUGUUGCCGACCUCAAGACUCAAAUUGAAGCCAUCACUGCCCAGCUCUCGGAAAUCAAGACCUCCGACAUUAGCCCAGAUAUUCUCAGUGCAGUCAAGUCUUCUCAAGAAUCUUCUGCUGCCCACGCAUCUACUCUCUUUGAUAUCAAAGCACUCCACGAAUCACACGCUGCAUCUCUUUCUGAACUCAAGGCUGCUACCGCUAUUGCAGCUGUUGAAGCCCAGAUCAAGAGCCUUGCUGAGGAACUGUCUGCUCAAACUAGUGCCAUCAACGAAAUCAAAUCCACUGUUUCGACUCCUGCUCCUGUUGGAGAGAAGGUUGACCUUUCAUCCGUUGAAGCAUCUCUCAAGACCAUUUCCGACAACUUAGAGUCUCAAUCUGCAUCUAUCACCGACAUCAAAUCAACUGUUUCUACACCUGCACCAGUGGCCGAAAAGACAGAUCUCUCCUCCCUCGAGACAUCCGUUAAGAGCAUCACUACUACCCUUGAGUCUCACGGCACCGCUCUCACUGAUAUCAAGACUGUUGUUAGCACUCCAGCUCCUGCAUCGGAGAAAACCGACCUUGCUCCUGUUGAAACAUCUCUUAAGACUAUCAUCAGCACCCUUGAUACUCAAAAUGGCACUCUUUCUGAGAUUCAUACUGCCGCUUCAAGCUCUGACAUUUUGUCCGAGGUCAAGUCUGUCAAGGCUCUUGUCGAAGCCAUUCCAGCUCCAUCUGCCGGUAACGACGAUAAGAUUUUGACCGAAGUUACUUCUGUGAAGAGUUUGAUCGAGGCUAUUCCAGCUCCCUCUCCAAUCACCGUCAAAGAUGAAGAGAUUCUCACCGAGAUUGCUGCUCUCAAGACCCUCCUUGCUAGCCCAGCAGCUGGCAAGGAUGACGAGAUCUUGGCUCAGGUUGAGACUGUUAAAGGACUCAUCCAAGCCAUUCCUGCACCUCCCACCGUUACUAUCAAGGACGACGAGAUCUUGAGCGAAAUCGAAUCCGUCAAGACUCUGAUUGGAUCCAUCCCAGCACCUGCCCCUAUCACCGUCAAGGACGAUGAGAUUCUGUCUCAAGUUUCAGCUCUCAAGUCCUUGGUUGAGGCUAUUCCGACACCAUCCGCUGGUAAGGACGACGAGAUUUUAUCUCAGGUUGCUGCCAUCAAGACUUCCAUCGAGUCUAUUCCAGCUCCAACAGCCGGAAAAGACGAGGAAAUCUUAUCCCAAGUCGCUGAUAUCAAGACUCUUGUUAAGGCAAUUCCAGCCCCAGCUGACGGCAAGGACGAAGAGAUCCUUACAUCAGUUGCAUCUAUCAAGAAGCUCAUCGAGGGCCUUCCUGUUCCUUCAGAAGCGGAUAACUCCGAGGUUCUCUCAGAGGUCAAGGCUGUUGCAACCCUGGUCAAGGGCACUAAGGAAGAUGAGAUAUUAAGCGAAAUCAAGUCCGUCAAGGUCUUGGUUGGUAAAAAUGGUGGAAAAGGCAAGGGGGCCAACGGAGUCAAGGCUGAUGCUGUCGAGAUUACACCAGAAGCCUAA